CAACUCGCGAUCGACCGUGUACUGACGUUCUACGGCCAUCCGGGAUUCCACAUCAACAACAUGCUCGUCAUUCUGUCUGUGCCGGUUUUCACUGUCACUUUGGUCUUUGUUGCAUCUCUGACGUUGAGAAUCACGAUCUGCGAAUACAUGUCGUCGGGACAGUUCAUCUCUGGUCACACUGUAUGCCACAACUUUGUGUACGUCUCGUCCUGGAUCCACCGGUGUAUCAUCGGUAUCCUCUUGGUCUUCAUUCGAAGUUUCUCUACGUUCAUCGAUCCUCCUGCGCACAUGUCAUCUCCAAC